AUGAGCAGCAGCAAUGACGCCAAUAACCUGGACACCCAGGCUGGAAAUAUAGAAGGAUUGCAUUUCCCUUCGCUGGAGGAGAUUCUCCAGACGCAACGUCCGGCACCAGAGCCGCCCCUCGCCGAGACGCUACCAUUAGAGGAGCAAGAAGCCCUUUUGUACUCCGUGGACGAUGCCCUGAAAAGGGCCAAUGAGGGCGAUUCGGCAGCCUUUGAAGGUAUGCUGGACGCUUUAUCCAAGCUCUGGCAUUGCCAAUCCCAAUUCUUACUGCGGGCUACAGAAGCCCUGGCGAACGGGAGUAGAAACCCUUCGCUUCGUCUUGUGUACGGCCGGACGGGAGUUCUGGAUUUCUUCCUCCAGCUUAUAUCUUCAAAAGAGAUUGCGGAGAGUAGCCUGAUUCUUCAUUCCCUUAGGCUCAUUGGGAAUUCUUGUGCUGACACAGAUGAAAACCGGGCGACUGUGGUGAAUUAUAUACCAGCCAUUCUGCAGUACCUACUGCAGCCUGAACUCCGCCAGGUCAUAAUUCCUGUCGUAUAUAAUCUAUGCAUUGACUAUGAACCCGCCCAGUCUCAGUUAGCGGCGAACAAAAUAGUGUAUAUCCUUUUAACACUGGUCAAGGAUGAUGCAUUCCAGGGAAAUGAUGCUCUAAUUGACCAUGUCUACGAACUAAUAGAGCUCGUGGGCGAGCAGGAACAAGGCGUUGAAAAUUCUCCUGAUGGGACAAUUUCAUUACUACUAGCCAUGACUGCUGCUGAACCAGCCCAAUUCUGUAUCCUUGCGAACUGCACCGCGGCUUAUAUAACCAACACUAGAUUUCAGGAUAUCUGCAUAUCAAGACGCAUGGUCUCGGAUAUCUUGUCAAUGCUCACACGGUCUAUAUCCUUCGACACAGCAGGCUCUGAUGACACGCAAGCAAUCGCACAGUCACGGCUGAAGAUAAACCAGGCUUUAGCAGAGUUAUCUGCCUCGCCGCGUUUUGCAAUGUCCUACCCGCUAAACUCAUCCCUCUCGCAGACGCUCAGAUCUUGGCUAAAUAGCCCAGAAGACCAACUUCAGAUCUGCGCCUGCGUCAUGCUCGGCAACUUGGCACGCUCCGACGAGAUCUGCGUGGCCAUGGUAAAGGAACAAAAAAUCCACGAAGAGCUGAUAGCCGUCCUAAACAGCAAUGCCAGAGGAGCAGCACUACACUCUGCCCUUGGAUUUCUUAAAAACCUGGCAAUAGCCAGUGACAAUAGGAUCAUUAUAGGCAAAGCUGGGAUCGUGCCAGCCAUCGCGCGCCUAUGGGCGUAUGAAACCAUCCCGCAAGUCCAGCUUUCAGCAACAAGUAUCACCAGACAGCUUGUCAAUUCGUCUGUCGAGAAUAUCAGUCGGCUACUGGAGCCAGCAGAGGGAGAGGAAGCGCAGUCUUACCUCUCAUUACUUCUUGCUCUGUUCAAAAGGACCGAUUCAAUUCCAAUCAAAACAGAGAUGGGGCGCAUCGCAGCCGCGAUAUGUCGCACGCUCAUUCCCAGAUACAAAGCCGCCGGUGACUGUGUUCUCGAAUCUCUAUUCACUCACAAAGACAUAGCCCUUCCACUAGGCGCCAUGGUAACGCAAACUCAAUGGCCUGUAGUGCGGAGCGAGGGGUGGUUUGCUCUCGCACUGAUGGCAUCCACAAAGGCAGGCUCUGAUGCGGUCGUCAAUUGUCUGCAAAACAUUGAUGGUUUCUCUUUAAUUGAGCAGACUCUAGGCGCUGCAGAACCACCGGAGACCGAGGCAGACAAGGUGCAGUGGGGCAAGGACCGAGAUAAUAUUAUAAUUCUCGUGCAGGAGCUGCUAAAGGAUGAGGUGAGUCUCUUAACUGCCAAUUAUACUCAGGCUGAUCGAUAUCCUCAGGCCGAUACUGUUGACGCUUCCUGGAAAAUUACUAUGCAAGGCCUGAUGAGACGCCAUGUCUCAAAGUAUCUUAAGCAGGGUAAUUGA